AUACUUUCCUGAUAAGGCAGUAGAUACCUGCGACCUUCCUUACAAACUAAGCCACGCUUCACAAUGGUUAACACUUCCUUUUUUGUCCUGGGCAUCGCCUUCCUGGCUCAGACGGCCCUGUGUCUUGACUUCGCCGGCGACAUUGGGUUUGGUGGUGGUAUUGGUGGUCCAGCAACUCAUCCUGAUGGAGUUAUCCAUGGGGAUACUUUGGUCGUGGACAACUGUGACCCCAAUGACCUCAACUCUUGUGGAGAUGGCAAGUGUUGCGUAAAAGAGGGUAUGAUGUACAUUCCUGAGGCCCCGGGACCAAAGCCUGCAUAUCGACUAAGCUGUAGGCCCAUGGCCAUGGAGGGUCAUUUUUGUAUGGCUACCAAAACGACGGAGAUGUGCCCGUGUGUUACCGGUCUCACCUGUAAAACAACGCUAGGUUCCUUCGGUCACUGUCAUCAAUAGAUGUUAAUUGACAUAAAUUAAAGCUUCUGAAAUGAAACAGAUGUGUGUUCUUUAACUAUUUCCAAAAAAGGCCCUUGUUUAUUAAAAAUAUGUGAACUAUG